AUGGCCCAUAUUAAUCCUAGAAGUCACCUAGGUUGUCCGGAGUAUUAUUGGCUCAUGAGAUCUAUUGUACUCUAUUCUUUUCACAACAUCUGUACAUCUGUGUUCUGGGUAUUCUAUGAAAGAUUUGUCGGCCAGGAGACCAUAUGGUGUGCGGGCACGAUGUAA